UUUGGUUCGUCUUGCUAGCGGGGCUGCUGAUGCUUGGAGGCUUGUAAUCAAUACGCCAAUCAAUCAAUGUGACGCUAUAGGAAGCAGCAGCUGUUAUAAUAGACUGUACAUGAGGACUCAAACCCACCUACUCUUGAGCAUUUCGUGUGUGUUUGUGUGUGUGUGUGUGUGUGUGUGUGUGUGUGUGUGUGUGUGUGUGUGUGUGUGUGUGUGUGUGUGUGAGAGACUGACUUGUGGUUUUGCUGGGAGACAUGCAAUGACUAAUGCUUGGAUAGGGGCCCACAAAGAUUGGCUGGUGGAUUUGUAUGAUGUUGCACUGUACUGUUGUUUAGAGGCCUGGCAAAUAACUGUGGGUGGUUCAGAUCCUCCCUUAAUUAGUUGAUUGGCAGAUAUUUGCAACUAUUUUGAUAACGGAUUCGUUGUCUCUGUCAUUUUCCAAACAAAAAGAUGCCAUACAGCUCCUGCAAUCAUCUGCUGCUUUUCCUAGGCAUAUGAUUGCAAACUGAAAAUCUUUGGGUUCUGGAUUAAUGGUUGGAUAAAACGAGGAAUUUAAAGGCGCCACCUUGGACUGUGGGAAAUGGAAAUGAUGGAGGCCCUGUUAAAUGAGUGGCUAUGGCAGGAGAAGUACUGGCUUCCUCCUGGUAUCCGCUGGCAGGACAUUGAGAUGAAGGAGGAAGACGGCCACUUUCCUCUGCCCAGGGAUCUCAUCUACACCUUGCCACUGGCCGUGGCCUUUAUAGCCCUCAGAUAUGUCUUUGAGAGGCUCAUCGCCGUCCCAUUCAGCAAACAGUUAGGUGUGAAGGAUCGGAUUCGGAUUCGAGCUGCUUCCAUCCCGAAGCUGGAGGCCUUCUACAAACAGAACAGCCGGCAACCGUCACACGCUGAGGUGGUGAGCUUGGGGAAGCAGUGUGGACUCUCGCAGAGAAAAAUCCAGACGUGGUUCAGACACAGAAGGAACCAGGACCGACCCAGCAAUACCAAAAAGUUCUGCGAGGCCUCUUGGCGGUUUGCCUUCUACCUUGUAGCGUUCACAGCAGGGUUUGGCUCAUUAAUUAAUACUCCAUGGUUGUGGGAUCACAGAGAGUGUUGGAGGGGAUAUCCCAAACAGCCCGUGGCUGAGGCUCAUUACUGGUAUUACAUCCUGGAAAUGGGUUUCUAUUUGUCGCUGCUCAUGUGCGUCUCUGUGGAUGUCAAGCGAAAAGAUUUCAAGGAGCAGGUAAUUCAUCACAUUGCCACCAUUUUCCUCGUUGGUUUCUCCUACUGUGCCAACUAUGUGAGAGUUGGAACUCUGGUGAUGCUGGUGCAUGACUCCUCUGACUUCCUUCUCGAGUCUGCUAAGAUGUUUCACUAUGCCGGCUGGACGAGGACGUGUGACUCGCUGUUUGUCGUCUUUGCUCUCAUCUUCCUUGUCACGAGGCUGGUGGUGUUUCCUGGCAGAGUCAUUCACACAACGCUGGUGGUGUCUCUCGAAUUCUUCCAGCCCUUCUUUGGUUAUUAUUUCUUCAAUGCCCUGCUGCUAAUCCUGCAAGCCCUGCACGUCUUUUGGGCAUAUCUCAUCCUGCGCAUGGUCUACAAGUUUGUGUUCUUGGGCAAGGUUGAGCGUGAUGAACGCAGUGAUGAGGAGAGUGAGGUGGAUGAUGAAGAGGAGGAGGAGCCGGAGGAAGAAGGGGACGAAUGCAGCUGGGAGCAAAGGAAGGGUGCAAUUAACUCCAAGUUGGCAUCGCUGGCUAACAACUGUGUCCUGAACAACCUGACCAACCAGAGGAAUAUAAACAGCAGACUGCCCAAAGCCAGAUAGUGGAGGAGCCCCCUUCCUCGUCUACCAAGCCUCACUGGAAAAAUAUGGAGAUGAUCUUAUUUCUGACAUACGAUAACUUCAUGCGGCUUGUGUACAUCCAGCAUGGUCCAUUGAUGAUUUCACAUCAGGGUAGGUCUGCAUCCUGCUGAUCUUCAAAAAAGAGGGCGAAGAAGCACAGAUGAUUGUAAAUCUGCACACCCAGUGUGAGAUUAGGAAGAAACGCCAUCGUUACUGUCACCCAUACCACUGCAUAUUGUAAAAAAAUUAAUUGGCAAGGAGACAGUAAAAAUCUCCUUACAUCUAAUAACAAUUAUAUGUUUUAUUUGUAUUUAUGCUGUUGUUUUCAUUGUAUUAUAUUAGCUUGUUUGUAUGUACCUAUGGAUAGAAACUGUGCUAUAAUUCAUUUAUCCUUUCUUUGGUCACCAAGAGAAACUAAAUGUUUUUAUACAGGAUCAAGCUGUUACCUAAUAUGUGUUAUAAUAUGUUUCAAACAGAGGAAACUAAAGCUAGAAUGAGGUAGUUAUUCACUCCCCCAGCUUUGUAUCCACAUACACAGUAUGGCUGAUUGUACAGAGACUAUGAAAAACAUUGAUUGUAGUAAAUCUAUUGACAGAACACUUUAUAGACUAUUUUUAUGAACCAUUUACUCAACAGGUAAUUUUUACAUUGUUUUAAUCUGUGGCAGAAAUGCAUAAAAGUUCAUUAGGAACUAUGAAAAAAUUAUAUUUUUCUGUGAUAGGAUUUGAUUUAGUCAGUUCAGUUCAGUUCUUAGAAGAGAUGUGGUGCCCCCUGGUGCACAGAGAAGAACGUAGCCUUGUAGUGAAGACUGAUAAAAUUAUGCCUUUAGAGAAAAAAAUGUACUGCUCCUAGAAAUAUGGGCUUGAAUCAGAUGUGUAUGUGUGUGUAUGUGUGUGUGUGUGUCUGUGUGUGCGUGUGUGUAUGUGUUUCAUUUUGUACUUUAAACAUUAUGACAGGCAGCAUGAUUUUCUCAACGAGGUUUUUGUUGAAGUUUGCUCUACUGUACUUUGUUUUGUGCCUUGGCUGCUGUUUCUAAACCAAUCUGUGACAAGCACUUGAUAUUAAUCUCUCUGUGUUAGUAGGAUUACCUUUACUGGACAAACACAUUGACCAGACCUUACUGUGACUUCUUUUAACAUUUUGCUUGUAUUGCUGGUCAGACGGGCAGCGCCUGGGCAAGCCAUGAAGUGUGGGCAUUAGAUAGGCAUCAGUGAAGACGUGACAUAUGUUAGACAGUGAAGUUGUCUACAAAGGUCAAACGCUUUAAGGCUCAGAUUGAGAAAAGUCUUGGUGAAAUGUGAAGUUUUAAUUGUUUUUUAUAAAAGCUGAGGGCAUAUUUUGAUAUGACUAGACUGGGGUCUAAUACCGUACUGGGUAGAAAGAGAUCAUUGGAUUUUACAUGUAUUCAUCCAACAUACUGGAACACACACCUGACAUGAGUCAUUAUCUAUAGUGUUGUUUGGCUCCAGGUUUGUGUGUUCUUGAUUGUCAGUACAAUACAACACAGAGAUAUUGUUCAUAAAAUGCAUUAUACUCAUACACAGUGUCAUUCACGACCAAAAAGUCAGUAAGGGCAACUCUUUCAGAUAUGUAGUUGCUGUCCCCACAAACUGCAUCUAAGACAAGUGUGACAGGAGUAGAAACAGGGCUGUGUCUGACUCUGACGAGGGACUUAAGUAGCACUGAGACCCACAGUACAAAGUGGGAUUGAAAAGGAGGUUGUAGAGCACUUAAAGGGCUGAUCCGCUGAAUUACACACGUAUGACCAUCACUACGAUAUUUGUUUUUUAUUUAGUAAAGAUAGAUAUAAAGAACAUCAACUAACAAAUAGCAGGAGGUUUCCACUAAAGUUACACUUGAGUGUUCUCUUAUGAGUGUACACAGAUGCUUUGUUGAUUGUGUUGGAAGUUUUAAUAAAUUACUUCUACUGAAGAAAUUACAGCUGA